UCACAGACAUACAGCCAAGGGAUCGAAUUGGCCUGCCAAAAAGAAAAAGAGUUUGUGAAGCACUCUGUAGAAUGCACGUGGAACCUAGCAGAAGCCCAGCAAAAACUUGGUAGCUUAGUUCUGCAUAAUUCAGAAUCCUGGGAUCAGGAGUCUGCUCAAGCAAAGACUGAAGCUGCAGAGUUGAGAUGGAGAGAGGAAGAGUGGAGAAGAAAAGAAGAAGCACUAAACCAGAGGGAAAGACAGAAUCUAUGGAACACAGAUCCUGUUAGUAAGGAGGUAUUUAAUAAGAGUUUUAUUAAUCAAAAAAGAAAAGAAACAGAAGAUGAAGAUGUGUCUGAACCACUUAUGCAAAAACAUGAACAAAAGAUUAGACACUUUGGUAUGCUGAGCAGAUGGGAUGAUAGUCAAAGAUUUUUGUCUGAUCACCCGUAUCUUGUAUGUGAAGAAACAUCUAGGUAUCUCAUGUUGUGGUGUUUUCAUCUAGAAGCUGAGCAGAAAAGAGCUCUGAUGGAACAAGUAGCACACCAAGCUGUUGUAAUGCAGUUUAUUAUAGAAAUUGCCAGAAGCUGCAAUGUAGAUCCAAGAGGUUGUUUUCGUCUCUUUUUCCAAAAAGCCAAAAGGGAAAGAGAAGGCUAUUUUGAGGCUUUUAAAAAUGAACUUGAGGCAUUCAAGACAAGAGUGAGAAUAUGGUCACAAUCGCAUGGCUUUCCAACCAUGUUAGUACAUGAUCUCAGUGUCAAUCCUGGUCUGGUAGGACAGCUGACAUCUUUUUCACAGAACACAAGUCAUCUACAAGGUUCUAUAGACACAGAUGUCUGCAGUUUAAACUCUGUGAUACAAAGAGAUGAAGAAGAAUCCAAAAUGAUGGACACAGUAUAG